AGAACCCAGCGUUCCUGGAUAGCGACCAGUCUGUCUACGAGAGCACGAGAGGUCCGCCACGCACGAUGUCCCAGCGGCGACCACACCACCUCCCCACCAUCCACCACGCCCACGCCCACGCCCAAAGGGGCGUGGGCGUGCCCCAACACGUUACCCACGUCCACAAUGGGCGCGUGUUGGGCGUGACCGGGGUACCGGGAAAUGUCCUGCCUGGGACUGUGGUACAAGUGUCUGGGGUACCCACUUCGUCGGGGCAUACCACCACUACACUAUACCCAGAUCCCUCCCUGCCCCCGCUGUGCCCUGCCCACAUGCCCCACGGCGAACCCAUGUAUUCCUGCCAGGCGCCGCGCGACCACGAUCACGUCUAUCAGUGCCCCGGACACCGCGACCACCACAUGGACCAUCGCGAUCACCGGGACCCCCGCGAGCAUUUGGAUCCUCGCGAGCAUCGCUUGGAUUCGCGCGAGCAUCAUGUGGACCCUCGCGACCACCACAUGGACCAUCGCGAACACCACAUGGGCCCCCGCGAACACCAUAUGGACCCCCGCGAACAUCAUAUGGAACCCCGCGAACAUAUAGAUCCUCGCGAGCACCGCCUAGACCCGCGGGAGCACCACAUAGACCCCCGCGAGCACCACAUAGACCCCCGCGAGCACCACAUAGACCCGCGCGAGCACCACAUAGACCCGCGCGAGCACCACAUAGACCCGCGCGAGCACCACAUAGACCCGCGCGAGCACCACAUAGACCCGCGCGAACACCACAUUGAUCCGCGCGAGCACCACAUAGACCCUCGCGAGCACCACAUAGACCCUCGCGAACACCACAUAGACCCGCGCGAACACCACAUAGACCCGCGCGAGCACCACAUAGACCCGCGCGAACACCGUCUGGACCCCGCGCUGGACCACCGGCCCGACUACCACUACGGAGGCAGCGAUUAUUCCAGCACCGAGCCUAUCUACGCCCAACCGCAUCUGUACCCGCGCGAGGGGGGCUCCGGCACCCCCACGCUGACCUAUAACAACUCGCGGGGGUCGCUCAGGGCAGCAACGGCGGCGGGCGCGACUGCCAAGUACCUUGUCCGAACAGACUCUUGCGGAAAUUCCACAUCUUCUUCGACCUUGCCUACAGUAUCGGCCCUGUUGGCGCGAGAAGUCGGCCACACCCCGCCCACGUCUGCUCACACCACCACGCCCUCCCUGCGCGCCUCCGCACGCCACGGGAAAGGCGGAGUGACGCCCACGCCCGCGAAACUGAAGCGACAGGGAUUGUUCCGGGCUUGGAAGGUUAAGUUUAUGCGCGGCGAGGGUGGGCGUCGGCGGGCGUGUCUGCUGGUCACGGGCGUGGUGGUGCUGCUCCUGCUGGUCCUGGGUGCCCUGGCAGCUGUCCUCUAUCUCACACUGGGCGGGGGCUUCGUAGCGUUCGCCAGACCGUCUCCCAAGGUCAUAGAGAUUACUGAGACAGGGAGCAGCGUGGUGGAAGGAGAGUUUAGAAUUACUAAUCAGAACUUCUGGCCAGGGCUGGAGAAUCCCACGUCUGAAGAGUAUAGAUCGAUGGCCCAAUCCGUAGAAAACGAGUUGGACAUACUUUUUCUUGGGUCUCUGUGGUCACGUGAAUACAACCACAGUCAAGUUAUCUCCCUCUCUGAGGGCUCUCUGUUAGUGAGGGCUCAGCUGGUACUCAAUAGAGCCGAUGUGGCUGCAGCUCAAAAAUUAGGCACAGCAUUUCUUCGGGGCCUCCAUAAGCGUCAUGGGCACGAGUGGCUCGGGCAGUAUUCUGUCGAUAUCACGUCCAUUAGAUUCACCGAGGUGUUAGUCGACACCUUAACUCGUUCCACAACCACUCCACCCACAACCACAACUGCUGGAGUUGAGGAAUCCUCAACAGUUAUCAUGGAAGCCUCGCAUCGCCUUAACGUUGGGUGGGGAGAGUGGGGUCCUUGGUCAAUCUGCUCCCCUUGUUUACCACGGUAUGACCAAAUCAGAACUCGAGAGUGUCGUCUUGAUGCGGGUCGUGGUCUAUUGGUCAACAGUAUUGAGCCAUGUUUGCCAUCAGGCCUUGGAGGCCAACUCCAGGGCACUGGUGGUGAUAUGGUGACAAGACCAUGCCAAUGUGACCAUACUGUUGAUACUUCCACUACCACAACAACUACCACAUCUACAACAACUACUACAACAACUACAACUACAACAACUCCUGCACCAUGGAAAGAUGAACAGCCUCAAAAAGAAGAAGAACGAAUUGAUGAAAUGAGUACAGAGCGGUUGUGUGACUCUUGCCUGCCGGGUGAAGUAUGUGUUGGUUUACAGGGUGAGCCGUACCCUAUCUGCCGAAUAGCACGUGAUUCUGGAGAUAGAACAGGUUGUGGUGGUCUGUGUGCUAUUGACUCUGAAGUGUGUCAGGCACUAGGAUCUCGAGCUUUUCAGUGCCACAGUGCCUCUCUCUGCCUACACGAUGAGUGGCGCUGUGCAGAUGGAUUAUGCAUUCCACAUAUCAAGCGAUGUGAUGGUCACAUGAACUGUUACGACCAAAGUGAUGAGCAACACUGUCGAUGUGGACCAGAUAAAUUCCAGUGUGGUAACAACACUUCUUGCCUGCCAGUAACGUCCAAGUGUGAUGGCAAAAUGGACUGUUGGGAUGGUUCUGAUGAAGCCAACUGCACAACCUCAGAGGGAGUGUGCCCCAACUCUGACACUCAGUUUACUUGCCGCAGCAGUCAGUGUAUCCCCCAGCACCAAUUCUGCGACGGGUUGGCGGACUGCAGGGAUGGGUCAGAUGAACCCUUCGGUUGCUCUGGAAGGUGUCAAGCCAACGAGCAUCAAUGCAGGAAUAGGAGAUGCAUCCCAGCUUCCAGCCUCUGUGAUGGUCGGGACACGUGUGGCGACAGCAGUGAUGAACAGGACUGCAAUAGGACUCUCAUCACUGUCACACCGAGAACGGGAGCUCCUCUCUUGAACCUGUCAAAUACUAGCAGUUGGUUGGAAGCCACUCUUCUAAAUGUUUCGAAUGCAGGAGAUCCUCAAACAACAGCAGCAACAACUGAUCAUACUUGGCUAUUACAUCUUGGAGGCAAUAAUGGCUUGAGCACGGAAAGUACAACUCCAUUAAAUGCUCUUCCCUCGUCUACCAGUACCAAAGGCCAUGAUGGAGCAUCUUCUGCUUUAUAUAUUGUGACUCCAGUGGAAGAACUUGAUCCAUCUACAUCCACCAAGAUUCCACAAAUUUCUACAAGUUCUAGUAUUGAUGAAAAAGCAAAAAUUGAUUCAGGAGAUAGAAAUUCUAAAGGCGUAUAUAUUGCAGGUGAUACGCUAUCACAGUCUAGUAGUGGUAAUCAUGGGAAGUUAUUGCCUGUCAUGGAUAGAGGUUGGCGACGAACUGCCCAAGUCAUGCCUCGUAUAGAGGAGUUUGGGAACUUUUUUAGUUCAAGAUUGCAGGAAGAUCAUGUGCCGAUCUUCUCCAAAGAGAAUUCUGCAAUUGACAGAACUAGUUACUCAGUGCUCCAUGAAACAAAUAAGUUCAGUGUUUUAGACAGUGCAGUCAGCAAUAUGGAUAUGCAGGGUAAUAGAAGAACCAUACUUGGAUUCAAAAUAAAUAUUCCCAUUGACCAAGAUGAUGUCUAAUUGCUGUAUCAUGAAUUAGAAUAAUGAUCGGUAAAAAAAAGUGCUGUGUGUGUGUGUGUGUGUGUGUGUGUGUGUGUGUGUGUGUGUGUGUGUGUGUGUGUGUGUGUGUGUGUGUGUGUGUGUGUGUGUGUGUGUGUGUGCGCGCGCACGUGUGAGAAAAUGAACAACCAUUUUGUAAUGGACAAUUUUUUAAUAAAUGUAAAAAUGGAUGUACAGUGUAUGGAAACUGUCAAAAGUCAGCUGCUAUUUUAGUAUAUCAGUGUUACGAGAUGAGAAAAAAUAUAUUGAUCACAAUGUUAAUAUAUUGAUGUUGUGAGAGGAGAGUCCUUUUUGUAUAUCUAGUUGAGAAAUACCAAAGAUUGUAUGUAUAUUUUGUCCUUGGUAGGACCUCAUGAUGUUAUCUAGUCUGUAUGAAAAUGUACUUAUUAUGUAUUAGUUCAUUAGCCUCAGGUAAGGUCAUUGCUGCCCAAGUGAGUUUUGAGAGAGUUCAUCAGCCUCAGCUUCAUGCAGUGACCAUGCCAUGGAGACUAAGGUUGAAAUUUCUCGGCUUAUUUUCAACAUUUGUUAGGUAUGUAUUUACUGAAUUGAGGAAAGUGCUAUUGGAUAUACUAGGUCCACACCCAAAGUGGACUGUGCUCUUCCCUACCAGUCUGUACUCUGUGAAUAUGCUUGUUGUAUUUUGCUCUCCUUUACUAACCCACAAAGCAAAGGAUUAUAGAUCUUUGCUGUUUGGUUAUCCUAUUCCUGGUUAUGUAGCUUAAGUCAUCAACAUCCAGUUACUAAAGUUCGUUGGACGUGAACAAAAUACUUAGGAACAGGGAGUUUUGACUACGUAUUUCAUGACAAAUAUUUAUCUUUAUACAGAUUUGUAAUUAAUACUAUAAAUAAAGCAUUUAUUUGUUUUAUUUAUAAUACUGGAUAUGAUAACUAUAGUAUUGCAUAUUAAGUCAAUUUAGUGGAACUGUUGUGAAUAAUAUAAAGAUUGAAAUUGAAGCUCAACAAAACAUGCUCUUGGAUCAGAGACGUCCUGGUAUCUGGAUACUAAUGACUUAACUCAUGGACCAUUGACCCAGGUUUGAUGGGAGGGAUGGUUCAGGACAUUGUGCCUUCCUAGUACAGAUAAUGUACUGUAAAACUUCAGUUCCAUAUUUUGCAAAAGGUAAUGAAGUGGGAGUUUUCCAAGUUGCUGCUUAUGUGUUUAUUCCUAAAUUGAAAGUUGGGGUCGUGAACCCUAUCCUAUGAGUUUUAAAUGGUUUUGUAGCUGCAAUCUUGAGUAAUUAACUGCCUGAACUUGGAGGCUAAUUUGAAUACUUCUGCAUAAAUUGAAAUAAAGUCCAGUGGAGUUUUGUUGAUUUUAUUUCUAAGUAAUUGUGCACGAGGCAGGAGAAUAUUACGUUUCACCUAACUUUGAUUUUAUCCACCAGGUGUUAAUAAAACUUAUUUCUACGUUCGUUUUUAGGCGGUUCGGAAAUUUGUCAUGCCAUUAUUCAGUCAGUGAAUUUAUUUGUUGCCAUUACAUAGGUUUUGUUGCAAAAAGAGUUCUGUCUCAUCAUUGCACAGCUCAGUCUAACUACUAGUCUCAUGGGUUAAGGUUAUAUAAUGAAACUUUUUUCCUAAGGGUUUUGUCCCAAAACUUAGUAGAACCUCAGUUAUUUACAAGUUUUCAGGGAAAGCAUCUAUCAAGUAAAAUGUGAAUGAGAAUCUGUAGUGUUCUCAUGGCUUGACCUGAGACUGAACAUAAGUUAUGUAAACAAUACUCAAAAGAUCUACGAGUAAUCAUGCCAGAAGAUUUUUUAAUUUUUUAUUUUAAAGAGCACAAUCACUAGAGUAUUGUUGCAUACUAAAGCCUCUUAGAUCUUAUAAAUUUACAAAGAAUAUAUUUUAUCUGCAUUGCUUAAAUAAUUGGAAGUACCUAAAAGUUUAGAAAAUAUGUAAGGUAUUGUUUCCAAAAUUUGCACUGAAAAAAAUCCCAAUGAGACAAGAAGGCACAGUAGAAUGUGCAAAAGUAACUAUAAAUGAAAAGCAGGCUUUUUAAUACCAUUUAACAUCUGUGUACAAUUAAUACCAUUGAAAUUACAGAUUUUCUUAAGUGUACAACUAGCACAUUUAAAAGCUAACGAGUCUUUAAAGAUGAACAAUUUUAAGAUUGCCCCUGAUCAGACAGACUUUAAUGUCUGUACUAGACUAUAAAUUGUGAGCAGUAGUAGCCUGUCUGAUCAAAACAUUAAUUAGGACAAGGGGCAGCGAUUCUUAGGACCAUCAAUACGAACAAAUUGAAACAUUUUUAAACUGGCUUUCUUCACAAAUAAAAUAUCUUCAGAUUACUGGGAUUCUGCUGGAUGUAAUGUCAUGAAAUAAAAUAUAUAAAGAAAAGUGUUGAACAUAUUUAUGGCCAGGUAAAUUUAAGUUUACCAUAUAUGCACAAAAAAGAGAAAAUAUGCAAUUUUUGUUGUAAUUGAUUUAUAAGACAUGUAAAUUUCACAAAUUAUAUAUUAUUUAAACUAAUGUCUGGCCAAUUAAUACUACUGACAUUACAUAGAUUAUUGCAAUAUACAACUAGCACAUUUGAAGAAAACUGAAAAUGCCUUUAUGUGGUUCUACUUAUUGAAUGGAAAGCAUUCACUAGUCCAUACAAUAUUUUUGCAUAGCUAGCUAAAAACUCCUUUUGUAUAUGUAUUCCAUAAAUACAAUAUAAAUAUAUAAAUAAAUAAAUAUAUAUAUAUAUAUAGCAAAAUAUCUUACAGUAGAGGAUUUCAUCAUUUUGGUUAUCGAACAAUAUUCAUGCCUGCUUUACCAUCUGUCAUUUAUUUUGGUCUAAUCACAAAAGGGGGGACUAGAAACUUUGUGAAGCUUAAACAGUGAUAAUGUAUAAUUUGCUUGUUAAUCAUUACACAAGUCAUUGGUUAUUUUGCUUGACAUCUUUAGUCCACUUGUAAAUAUAGCUGCAUAGUAUAACAAACAUAUUGUAUUUUUAAGCUUAUGUGAUAUAUUUAUGUUGUACUACAUUUUGAAGUAUAAAAAUUUUGUAAUAAACACAAUCUGAUAA